AGACAUGUUCUCCAUUGUUGAAUAACGCACCCAACUCUAUUAAUAACAUCUCAGAGAGAGAGAGAGAGAGAGAGAGAUGGAUAUGAGUGAAGAAAAGGAAGAAGAAUAUGGGAUAGUGAUCGUCGGAGGUGGGAUCUGUGGCCUAGCCACCGCCCUUGCUCUACACAGGAAGGGAAUCAGAAGCGUGGUGUUGGAAAGAUCAGAGAGUGUAAGGGCAAGCGGCGCAGCUAUUGGCAUCUUGGCUAAUGGCUGGCGUGCCCUUCACAGCCUCGGCGUUGCUUCUUCUCUCAGACUCACUGCUCUUCCCCUUAAAGGGGGUCGGGAAGUAUCGUUGGACAAGGGCUUGACGAAGAAAAUACCACUUGGGAUUGGGGAAGCUCGAUGCUUGAAAAGGAGUGACCUAGUCAAUGCACUAGCAGAUUCACUGCCUCCCGGGACCAUAAAAUUUGGGUGCCAAGUAGUCUCUGUUAAGCUUCCUCCCCGUGCUUCCCAUCCCAUCCUCCAACUUCUCGACGGAAGAUCUAUUGUUGCCAAGAUUGUGAUCGGAUGUGACGGAUCGAACUCGGUGAUCGCCGACUACUUGGGUCUGAAGCAUGCAAGAGAAUUCUCUCUUUCUGCAGUGAGAGGGUUGACGAAUUAUCCCAACGGCCAUGCUUUCCCCUUCGAAGCAGUUCGAAUGAGGAGAAACAACACCAUCGUCGGAAGAGUUCCGAUUCACCACAAGUUAGUCUACUGGUUCGUUUCUCAAAGAUCACCAUCAUGUGCAAAAGAUGUGAAGGCCUCAGAAGAUCCAGAGAUUAUUCGACAGUUGGCCGCGAAAUCAGCUGUUAAUGAUUUUCCAGCAGAAUUUAAGCAAAUGAUAGAAGACAGUGACCUGGAGUCGUUGUCCCUUACCCGGCUGAGAUACAGAGCUCCAUGGGACCUGCUAAUGGCGAACUUCCGGCAAGGAACGGUGACGGUCGCCGGGGACGCCAUGCACGUGAUGGGUCCCUUCCUGGGACAGGGCGGCUCGGCAGGCUUGGAAGACGCCGUUGUUUUGGGCAGGUGUUUGGCGGGAAAAUUGGGCGGAGUUGAUGGGACGAAAUAUGGACGGCCGGAGGUUAUGAAGAAAGUUGCAGAGGGCAUGGAUGAAUACGUGAAAGAGAGGAGAAUGAGGGUGGUGAGAUUGUCAACACAGACCUAUCUCAUUGGCUUGCUGUUCCAGCCCGAUCCAUCGCUGCUGGUGAAAGUUGUCUGCAUCGUUCUGAUGGCUGUUCUCUUCAGAGACCCCAUGAAUCAUGCUAGAUAUGAUUGCGGCCCCUUGUGAUUAAUUUCGAGACUUUGUUUGUGUGAUUAAUUAUUUGCUCACUCAACUUUAAAUUGU